ACCCGAAAGGUGAUGGGUUUCAUCGACGUCCUUCCCUACACCGUCAAUGCCAAUGAGCCCUCGCGAUCUGCCUCCAUCACUUCUCAAUCACCGUCGAAUCCACUCCGUCGUGUUUUGCUAGCUGCUGCUGCCAGAGUCGUCGCCGACUUGCGCAGGAGCUCUGUCGACGUCAGUGCUACAAUGGAAUCGCAACGCCAAGCGCCGCCCGGAUACGCCUACGAGCACCAUCCCGACAAUCUCAAACUGCCCUCUGUUCCUACUCAGGACCUUCACACGAACCAUGCCCCCGCCGAUAUCACUCUUCCCGACCUGAAGUCUGUCCUCGCCGACCUCCNNCCCUCCAAGACUGUUCACCCCAAUGUCUUACUCAACGCUGCCGCCGCAAGAGACAUGGAUCCGCAAGUGAGCAUGCCUCGCACUAGCAUUGAAUCAGACGCAGCCAGCAACAUGAGCAUUGAAGAUGGGACCCAACGCUCGACAAGUGUAUCAAUGGAUGACCCUGAUGUUCGCCUGGCUGCCGAAGCUCUAUCUGGUCUUGGAAACCCUGCUUCCAAGCCUAGCCCUACAAGUGCCUCAGCUUCUUCGAACAAGGACCUCGAACCGCUACUGGAUCUUCUGGUUGACGCCCAUCCUUGGGUCGGAAAUACUGUAAACGGUAGUUUAUCUGCUUACAACGCGACAAAGAACUUCUCACCCCGUAUCGUCCGAUAUGGAGUCCAUCUCGUCGAGCGGAAUGUUGGCUCUCCCGUCGCUAGUACCGUCAGCAACCUCGGGAGACGUACUGGUGUUGAAGGAGGUAUCAGACGAUACCUCGAUAGCAGAAGACCCAGCUCACCAGCUAUGGAUCCAUCGCAUGGCAGCAAACGCCGACGAGUAACAUCGGAUGACAUGGACGUCGAUCGUGUGGAUCCAAGCCUGCAAGAUUCACAGGAAUUCCUUCCUGCAUACCAGGCCAACAAACCACCUUCAUAUAGAGAAGAAGUGAGCCCUCAUGGAUCAGAGAGAAGCCGAGGUGUCGAGAGACCUCCUAUCAACCGAAGCUGGUCGACCAAGAUUUUCAUCUCGACUUCUGCUCUCGGUGUCGCACUUAGCGAUUCUUCUUUGCGAAGCCUUCAGUACUGCGUCAAGCUUCUCUCUUCAGCCACAGAACAUGUUGAGAGCGUAAUGAAUGCGCUCAAAAUGGUCUUACACGAGUAUGACCAAUCGCAGGAAACAUCACAACAAGAUCGGGCUAGACAGGAGAAGGAAAGAGAGGCCGGUAUUGUGAUUGAAAUCAAGAGCGGCAAUGAGCGUGACCAGUCUACAGAAAUGCUUGCAAGACGUAUUAAGCAGCUCUGCGACGACAUUUGGCACACUAUCCAGACUGUGGUCAAUUCCGUCUCGACCUACGCUGGAGGCGCUCUUCCCGAGAAUGCCCGCAACAUCGUCAAAGGGCAGUUGUUGUCAAUUCCUCAAAGAUGGCGAUGUGCCACACAAUCGGCAGAUGCAGCUUCUCCAUCUCAAUCGGCCACCAAGGCUGAUGGCGGCGAAGACGGCAAGGCAGCUGCCGGUCAGGGUGCAGACGAGAACACUCGUAAAGCAGCACACCGCAUGAUCGCCUUUGCAACUGAGGGCCUCGACAUGAUGGCUCAGGUCAACAAUGUCGUCGGUAUCACAUUACAAAGUGCCGAGAACUGGCUGCAGAGCUUGGGUAGAAACAGUCGCGAGGNNGAGGAGANNAUGAUGGACGCUGAUGACCCGAAAGAGUCAACAGCUGAGUAG